CUUAUGAAUGAACCUGCUGUUGAAGAGUGUAUGGGCCUGAACCUGCUCAGAAGGGUUUUGCAGGAAGACAUCUUAUUCUCUGUUCUUGUUAAUGUAUUGUCAAAAGAAGUGAAGUGUAAUAUGUGUGCGUGGUAGAUCAUUAAUUUGUAUGCUUUCAUAACUUUCUAACAACAAAAUUAGUUUUUCCCAAAGAAUUUGGAAUUUGCUGAAGCUGUGGUAUUAUGCUAAAAUAUAAAAAAAACUUCUAUUUUAAUUAGUUAUUAAACGUUUUAAGCUUUUUUCCUAAAUCUGUUUAAAACAAAAACAUUUAAAGGAACAUUGCAGUCUCGGGUAUUCUGUUUUCUGAAGUGUGCUACUCGCUCGCUCUCAUCAGUUCAUGUCAAGAGCUGCCAAAGCAGUUUUUUAAGGUUUUUGUUUUUAUGUAUGCCUAUUUAAAAAAAAGUUUUUUCAAAGGCUGGGUUUGAAACCUUGUUUGCGAUUAAUAUGCUAAGAAUUUUGGUGUGUGUUUGUGUUGUCUUUAUGAUCUCAGGGCUGCACAUCACUAGAUCAUGAAGUCUGGGCUGCUGUCACAAGCUGGGGGAUGUUCACUUCAGCCUUUUAUCAUCUUUCAGAGAUUGUGUUCAGAGCAUCUAGAAGUUCUUUUUUUCUCUCAAAUUGAAAAUUCUAAACAUUUUAUCAAGAAAACAUUUAUGAUCCGUUCUCCGCAAUGAUUGAAACUUUAAAAGCAACAGAAGGGAGUUAGGAAUAGGUGUGAAGAAUAAAUGUAAGAUUCAAAGUAGGAUUAAACUAUUGAACAUUAUGCAAGUUAUUUGUGAUCUUGCAGCUUGCAUAGACUCAAAACUGCGUUUUAAAAUAAAAAAUUUCAGUAUUAACAUUAUGUAAAUUAAAACAGUCUAGGUUUUUUUCCAUCCUUAGCUUUUAAUUCCAAUGCAUGGUGUUCCUGCUUUUUUUUUUUUUUUUAAAAUAAGGCCAUGAUAAACUUUUGUACUAAAGCAUAUUCCUCUGUGUUUGAAAAAUUACUGUUGCAGAGGUGAUUUUCAAUCCCAGAUGCCCCUUGCAUAUGCAGAAAACAUACCGUGGCCGGUGCGAGCAACAUGCAGUUGUCAACACCAGUCUUGUUUCUUCAGAUCGCAGCUAGUCAAUGUUCUAUUUUGUGAAGUUUAUCUUUGGUGCUUAUGUGGCUGGACUUUUCUUUUCAUCUGUUCUUUGUGUCGAAGUGGUGUGAUGUGAGCAUGUCAUGCCUGAAAAUGUGUGAAAGAUAAACCAGAUAUUUGCACACAUUAAAUUGGCAGGCUAUUGGCAAAGAAUUCACUCCAGAUUUACCUUGUGCCAAAUUUAAAAUAGUGUACGGUAAGGUCUCUAAAUGCUUGUCCUAAUUUCGUACAUCAAAGUUCAGUGAAUUUUUAUAGAAGAAAUUUGAACAUUAACUGCUUUGUCAGGAAUGUUGAACUGUCUUCGUUGUGAAAGGAUAUAUGGAACAAAGUUUUUGGGGUCUUAGUUGCAUUACGGACAUAUUACAAGAAGCUUUAGACAGGUUUCAUAAGCAGUUUUUGUUGCUUUUUAUAACACUGCUGAAGGGGAAGUAGGUAAGUACUAGUGUCGAAUGAGAGGGGCUCACGUGCAAGCUUGUUAGUAUCUGUACAGUAUCAGUAUCUUUCCUUGGUUGACCCAGCUGCUGAAUAGGGUACCUGACGGAGGGAGAAGUGCCAGCCUUAGAAAAAUCUAGCCCCAAGAAAAGCAUUUUAUAUAACAUGUCCCCCUUAAAACUGACAGGCAAACAUUGUUGCUUUUGCCUGUUAAAAUUGUGUAAGUAAAAUACAGUAGAAAACAUUUAAGUUUGUGAAGUGAUUGGUUUAAAGUUUCCCAUGCCCAUUCCUACUGCUGCCUACAGGCAAGUUCUAACCAGGAAUGAUUUUUGUGUAUAGUGGAUAACUGUGUGCUGUCAUUAGUGAGUUUUUGAUUGUGUUUGGAUUUUGAGCUGAAGUUAAAGGAAAGUGCACAGCUAGUUGAUGCGAGCUGCCAUUGUUGUUUCAGUACCUUCUGCAUCUGUUUACAAGCCAGAUGGUUUGGAAAUGUCGACAGCUUGAUGAAUUUCCUACUCGGGGAGUCUGGCCAUUCAACUUUAAAUAAUUUUUUGUCGUUUCAUAAAUUAAAAUUGAAAUUGAAAACUUUCACUAGAUACAUUUCUUUCAGGAUCAAGUAUCAGGCAGUUUGUUGGUCUGUGCAGAUUACAAUGGGCAGGGGUGCUGUUUCGUGUUGUAUACAAGAUGCAAGCAGUUUAACAAUGGACUUACAAGAAACUAGAGCAUGGGAGUCAUACCUAAAUUUUGAAGAUCAGAAAAUUGCCCUUAUCCCUUUUUUUGAUAUCCAAGUGACUUGCAAUUUAUGAAUGUUCAAACUAUUUUAGAAGCAAUAGGCACCUUCCACUCUUGAGGUUUGAACCAUUUUUUUUUUUUUUUUUUUUUUUUUCUUGCAGCCUUUGGGAUCAUGCUUUGCCUGUUAUUGAGGUGAAAGCUGAAAGAAAAAAUGCUAUAUAAAUAAUGAGUUAUACAUAAUUCUGUGCUUUGAAAAGACUUCAGAUUUUGCCUUUUACCUGUGUUUAGAGCAUGUGUCCAGCAUCCAAGUGAAAAUUUGAAUGACUUGAAAGUUGUUAGUCUUUGCUCAAUAUGACAGAUCUGAUGGCUAGAAUGAAGACAUUAGUUAUGAGUAAAAGCACAUUGCAAAAAUUGUGAUGAUUCUUGGAAAAAAUUCAAGUACAAAACUUUAUUAUUAUUAUUAUUUUAUGAUCAUUGUUAUUUAAAAUUUUAUCUUUAUCUGAAAGUUCCGUUUAACUAAUCUGGAAUGUACUCCUUUCAUAAAUUGCAAGUCACCUGUAUGGAAUUCCCAAAUCUUAUUUUCUUUUAGGAAUAUGGUGCCAACUGUACAUUAGGGUGAAGACUUAAAGGAUUCCUUUGAAGAGGCAGAAUUCUUCAAAGCUGUACAAUUAUUUCAUCACCCCAAAGUAAUAAAAUCAUUCUGGCUUAGUGGCAUAAAGUGGGAAGAGGCUAUAGCAGCACUGUUGGAGAAAGACUAUACCGUUUUACCCUGGAGAUCCCCCUUCGCUAUCUAAUGCCAUAUUUUCUUCUGUUUUUCUGUGUGUUUCAAGCAGUAUUGCGAGCACAUAUUCACAUCCUCCAUUCAGCCAGCUGUUUUUUGGAACGUUUCUAGCCCAAAGAACUGUAGCCUGUAAUAGGCCAGGGCAUCGACUUUAUAAAAAGGAAAAUGCGUGCGAGCUGUGUCUGUGGAAUCGGGCCCACAGAUGGAGCAGGAUGGACCUGUUGUAGAAGGCCCAGGAGCCAAGCGGGAUGUAAAGCCAUUUUCCCUCCCAAAGUUAACUUCAUCACAGGAGGAAGAUAUCAAACGAGCCAAGAAGUAUGCCAUGGAGCAGAGCAUCAAAAGUGUCUUGGUGCGCCAGACUAUUCAGCACCAGCAGCAGCAAAUGCAGAAUUUCCAGAACACUGUUCAAAGACAACAAGCUUUAGCCCUUAUGUGUCGGAUCUAUGUAGGCAGUAUCAAUUUUGAGAUCAAAGAAGACACUAUCAAGCAGGCCUUCCUUCCAUUUGGCCCUAUAAAAAGUGUCAAUCUGUCUUGGGAUCCGAUCACAAACAAGCAUAAGGGCUUCGCCUUCAUCGAGUACGAGGUGCCUGAAGCCGCCCAGCUAGCCCUCGAACAGAUGAAUGGCGUUAUGAUUGGCGGCCGGAAUAUCAAGGUGGUGGGACGGCCAAGCAAUAUGCCUCAGGCCCAACCCAUUAUUGAGCAGCUUGCUUUGGAGGCUACACAUUUCAACAGGAUAUAUGUUGCUUCCAUUCAUUCUGACCUCUCAGAGAGUGAUAUUCAGAGUGUCUUUGAAGCAUUUGGGAAAAUCAAGUCUUGCAAAUUGGCUCCAGAUCCUAGCAAACCUGGUAAACAUAAAGGAUAUGGUUUUAUAGAAUACGAGACGCCACAAGCUCAGGCAGAUGCUGUAGCAUCAAUGAAUCUGUUUGACCUUGGUGGCCAAUAUCUGAGAGUUGGAAAGGCAAUCACACCUCCAGAUGCUCUUGCACCAAGUCAUGGACCGACCAGUAUGCCCACAGCUGCAGCUGUUGCUAUUGCAGCCACAACAGCAAAGAUUCAAGCAAUGGAUGCUCAGCAGCAAGUUACAGGACUGGGUCCUCCUGGACUAGCCAUGCCCACAUUAGGUGGGCCUGCAGUGGUUGCACCAACAUCACUAUCAACACCACCACACCAACCUCUGCAGCCUCCACAGCCUCUUCCUGCAUCUGUGACUGCUGUGACAGCUCCCUUUGCUGCAGCUGCUGGAAACCCUCAUAUGCACCAUCCCGGAUUGAUGCCAGCAACAUUGACUCCAGCUGGCAUGCCACUGACUCCAAGUGCUGCUGCAUCCCUCUUAACACCUCUUAGGCCAGGUACACCAGGCCUGGGGCUGCCAGUGAUGCCUCCACCCAUUAUGACUACAAGUGCAGGGAACAUGGGAAGAGGUAUUGGGCCAAUGGGUGUUGGCAGUGAAAGGUUAAGAUUCCCGGCUCAAAAUGCAAGUGGCUGUCUUCCGCAUCCUUUGAACCAAGCAUUAAUGAACCUCAACCUUCCUGAAGUAUUCAUGUCUGCCACAGCAGCAGUAUUAGCUACAGGGCUGCGGCAUAUGUUGGAGCAAAAGGCAGCUGCUGCAGCAGCUGCUGCUGCUCCUCCACAGCCCCCAAUGACAAUUCUUCCCCCAAAAAAUGAGGAAGAAGAAAAAAAACAGGAAGAAGAAGCACCAUUAACACUGGACCAACAGGAGAACUUGAAGAUCAGUGGGAGCAAUGCACGGCAUAUGGUCAUGCAGAAGCUUAUGAGGCAGGCUGAGCACACAGUCAUGGUGCUAAGGAACAUGGUGGGAGUGGAGGACCUAGAUGAUGAUCUCAAGGAUGAGGUCACAGAUGAAUGUGAAAAGUUUGGCAAAGUGAAACGGGUUAUCAUCUAUCAAGAAAAACAGAGCGAAGAAGAAGAUGCAGAAGUUAUUGUGAAGAUCUUUGUGGAAUUCACAUCACAUGAUGAGGUUGAAAGAGCUGUAGCAGCAUUAAAUGGUCGUUUCUUUGGUGGGCGGAUGUUAACAGCUGAGAAAUAUGAUCAGGAAAUGUUUAAUUCCAAUGACUUAUCAGGGUGAGACGUUGUUUCAAGACUGUUGUGAAGGCUAAAUCAAUGCUAGGCAGUAAGAAAUGGCUUAUUAUAAAAGAAUAUCGCAAGCCAUAUGGAAAGUCCAGUUCCUGCUACAUGAAGAUUAAAACCUGCUAAAUAGCAAUGAUCGUCAGUUUGAUCUGCAGUGUGAAGACAGUUCAGCCAUGUUGGCUUUAGACAAGAAUUCUUCCAGACUUGAGGCACUUAUUUUUGCUGAACUGUAAGUGCUUAUUGCUGUUUGUGUACCCUUUAAACAGGGUAGUUUGUUUAGUGAGAGCAGAUGGCUCGUGCAUGGCCACACUCAUGGCAGGUUAUUAGAUGCUCCAUGUGGGGUGUGUGGCCUUUCCACAUGUUGUAUUUGUCCUUCACAUCACUGUUGUAACUAACAGCAUUGGAGGGCUUGGAUCUUGACCAAGGGGGAAAAGGCAAAGAGUGUGUUUAAGUGUGAAUAGGUCAAGAGAUCACAUUUUCAGGGUAUGUGACAAGAAGCUUCUGUGUGAGAAUGCACAUUGUGGGUAUAGGUUUUGCUUUUCAUGCAAAACAAAAGACAAACACAAAAAACUGUUUAAGGCUGACGCAAGGUGAGAGGUGUGAAUCUGUAUAUUGUUUGUGGUACAGACAGUUCUGAUGGUUGAUGUUGAGCUUUGAUGCUGACAUUACAGUGUUUGAGUAUUUGAAUAAAUGUGGAGAUGAGUGCUAUUAAAGUUACCAAAGCUUGUUUUAAAA